AAUUUCUCUUUAUAAAUUUUUACGUAUUUCCCUUCCAUUUUCUCUCCUUUCUUUAAAUUUGUUCUUUGAUUUUUGGAAAAUAUGAGAAUCUAUCCAAAUGCUGAUAUUUGGUUUUUCGUCGACAAGCCCGGCUGCUGGGGCAAGUACGAGAAGUAUGCCCCGCACCACAGCUGGAAAUUGCCGGUGCGGCCAUUCACGCCGAAGGUCAUGUACCAUUGGCGUGAUCUCGAUGGUGUCAAGAAGCCGGAGAUAAAGCGAAAGGAUCUAUACUUUGAUAACUGGCCGAAGACUCGAAUUCGUGCACAGGCCUGCCUGGGCAUGCUCUAUGCCACUGGCUAUCGGUUCAUUAGGAUCUGCAAGGCACCACCGGCUGGCUUCAAGUGUGCACCACUUCCGGUCAAUCUGGUUGGCGCUUAUCAAGUCAACGCACAUUUGAAACAACUAAGUAAAGAAGCGAAGGCCGCAAAGAAAGCCGCUAAAAAGGCAGCAAAGGAAGCUAAGAAAGCAGACGAGGCAUUUAAAAAUAGAGGCAAAAAACGAGGAAGAUCAUAAACAAGAAUUAAAUUGUAUGCAACCUGAAGAAAAUUCCAGCAAAUUAUCUCUCAGUUCACUUGCAACAAUAGACAUUCUGAUGCAGCUUUGGAUAAAAAUUGUCAAUGUCUUUUGGUUAAUUAUUUUUUCUAGAUUUGACAUCACUGACUGAGUAUGAUUUAAUUGUAGCCAGAAUGGUGUUGUUGAAGAGUAUAUGGCCGGUAAAAGAAGUACACAGUAUAUAUAACAGGCAAUAGAAGAAUAUCAACAGUCGAGUUGAUUUCGUACUGCAAAACUCAUUUCCAGCAGAUAAUCUGAAAGCAAUCUAUUUAUUAUGGCAA